GAUGCAGAGACAUUCUUGUUGGAUUCCAAAAAGAUCAAGGCCUCUGAUGGGGGCUGGCUGGUCUUUGACAUCACAGCUACCAGUAACCACUGGGUGCUGAAUCCACUGCAGAACAUGGGCCUACAGCUCUCUGUUGAAACUAUGGAUGGUAAUGGAAGCAUUACUUUUCUUCAGCCUUUGUUGUUGCUGGGAAUUACAUAUAAAAAGCAAAUGUCAGUUAAACUUUGUAGUUACCCCAAAGCUGGUCUUCCAAGGUCACACCCAAGUUCUUUGCCAUCUUGUAGUUAGACACAGCUGUCCAUAGAGGAGAGGUUAGGUCUUUAUUGUCAGGGUUUGAGGUUGAGAUGUUGAUGUUUACCAUGAAGAGAUACAUAAAUAUAUGUCAGACGAGAGAAGGACAGACAGAGCUGUUCGCCUUCUGCAUAGCAAAGGUAGGAUAAGCCCUGUGAAGAGAAAACAGAGCCCAGUGACAUGGUCGUGGUCUACAAAGAGAACACCAGGGGGAGGAGAACUGAGCCCUGGGGAACACCUGUUGCUUGGCUUCAUGGUGAGGACAGAUCCUCUUCAUGUCAUGUGGUUGUAGUGAUCAUCUAGAGAUGCCCAUCCCUCAUAGAGGUGGGGAUUCAGAGCAGGAUCUGAUGUUUCACAUGUGUCAAAUGCAACUGACAGGUACAAGAGGAUGAGAGCGUAUAAGAUCGCAGUUUUAGUAGUGAAGAAUUUAAGUCAAUUCAUAUGUUCAUUUGUGCAUUUUUUUAAAGCACAAUGUUAAUGUUACCAUUAAAAAUAUAUAUAUAACGUAUGCACACUAGAGUAAAUUGAACUAUAAUCCUUGCAUCUAUUAUUAUGAUAUUAAUAUUACAUUACAUUUACAUUUACAUUUACGUCAUUUAGCAGACGCUCUUAUCCAGAGCGACUUACAAAUUGGUGCAUUCACCUUAUAGCCAGUGGGAUAACCACUUUACAAUGUUUUAUUUUUUUUUUAAAUGUUUUGUUUUAAAUUUUAUAAUAUAUAUAUAAUAUAUAUAUAUAUAUUUUUUAAAUGGGGGGGGUGGGUUGGGGUAAGGGGGGGGGUAGAAGGAUUACUUUAUCCUAUCCCAGGUAUUCCUUAAAGAGGUGGGGUUUCAAAUGUCUCCGGAAGGUGGUGAGUGACUACGCUGUCCUGGCGUCGUGAGGGAGCUUGUUCCACCAUUGGGGUGCCAGAGCAGCGAACAGUUUUGACUGGGCUGAGCGGGAACUAUGCUUCCGCAGAGGUAGGGGAGCCAGCAGGCCAGAGGUGGAUGAACGCAAUGCCCUCGUUUGGGUGUAGGGACUGAUCAGAGCCUGAAGGUGCGGAGGUGCCGUUCCCCUCACAGCUCCGUAGGCAAGCACCAUGGUCUUGUAGCAGAUGCGAGCUUCAACUGGAAGCCAGUGGAGUGUGCGGAGGAGUGGGGUGACGUGAGAGAACUUGGGAAGGUUGAACACCAGACGGGCUGCGGAAUUCUGGAUGAGUUGUAGGGGUUUAAUGGGAUAGGCAGGGAGCCCAGCCAACAGCGAGUUGCAGUAAUCCAGACGGGAGAUGACAAGUGCCUGGAUUAGGACCUGUGCCGCUUCCUGUGUAGGCUAAAGUUGGCUAAAGACGGCACGCUCAAUAGUUUUGGAGAGAAAAGAAAGAAGGGAUACUGGUCUGUAGUUGUUGACAUCAGAGGGAUCGAGUGUUGGUUUUUUGAGAAGGGGUGCAACUCUCGCUCUCUUGAAGACGGAAGGGACAUAGCUAGCGGUCAAGGAUGAGAUGAUCAGCGAGGUGAGGUAAGGGAGAAGGUCACCGUAGAUGGCCUGGAGAAGAGAGGAGGGGAUAGGGUCAAGCGGGCAGGUUGUUGGGCGGCCUGCCGUCACAUGUCGCAAGAUUUUAUCUGGAGAGAGAGGGUAGAAAGAAGUCAAAGUGUGAGCAGGACCAGCAGUGUCAUUUGACUUAACAAACGAGGAUCGGAUGUCGUCAACCUUCUUUUCAAAAUGGUUGACGAAGUCAUCCACAGAGAGGGGGGGGGGGGGGGGGGGGGGGGGAUUCAGCAGGCAGGAGAAUGUGGCAAAGAGCUUCCUAGGGUUAGAGGCAGAUGCUUGGAAUUUAGAGUGGUAGAAAGUGGCCAUAGCAGCAGAAACAGAUGAAGAAAAUGUAGAGAGGAGGGAGUGAAAAGAUGCCAGGUCCGCAGGGAGUCUAGUUUUCUUCCAUUUCCGCUCAGCUGCCCGGAGCUCUGUUCUGUGAGCUCGCAAUGAGUCAUCAAGCCACUAUCAUCACAUCAAGCCAUUAUUGACCAUGAAUCAAUAAUAAAGCAUCGUCGUGGUUUGAGAUUAGUGCUGUCUAGCCAAGUGUAACGGACCUUGCAUUUGCUCAUAUCAACAAUGCAAGCUUACAUGAUGCAAGGUUUUGUACCUACUUUUGGUUGGUGCAAUUAAAGACUUUCAUUCCAAAACGCUAUAUAUCCAUUUUCAGAAAUGUUGGUAAAUUAUAUUUUAUUGUGGAAAGAAAUUAUGAAAGAGAUUGGUGUGUUUUUCACUAUCUAGUCAUGGCAUGGGGUUGUUCAAUGACAGACAUGUAUUUGUUUAAAAUCUAUCACUUGAUGGUUUCAUUUCAGAGAGACAAAUAAUAAUGUUAUUUUGCAAAAUGUUAUAUACAGUAUCCGCCUCACUGUCAGAGAAAUACGUAGUACUGCUAGAUUUUACACACGUUUGUUUUACACAAAUUUACAAAUGAUACAUUUGUGACAUCAAUAUAAUUUAAAAAUAUAUAUAUAUAUAUAUAUUCUAUACAGUAAUAUGAGAUGUAUGCAGAUGCUCUUAUCCACAGCAACUUACAGUUAGUGCAUUCAUCUUAAGAUAGCUAGGUGAGACAGCCACAUAUCACAGUCAAAUAUACAGGAUACGACCAUACCAUUCCAGCUAAACAAUGGAUACAUAGCGUUUUGCAAAAAAAAAACAUUUUCAUACACAUCUAAAAUCUAUGAAUUAAAAAUCUGAGAACAAUAAUAUUUUACACACACAUGAAGGUACCCAUAAGCAAUAAUUUCUGAUUUAAAAACUAAUGUGAACGAUUGGUGGAUAUAGCCUUUUGGAAAUAAACGCUUAUAUUGCUCCCCUAUAUCAUUGCAUUUGAUUAGAUGGGAAUCGAAUUAUGUUUCUGUUUGCUGCUAUUCACAUUGCUUGUUGUUUUAAAAGGACGGAGUAUCAACAUGAAGUCUGCUGGCAUCGUUGGAAGGAAUGGACCACAAUCCAAACAGCCGUUCCUAGUCUCAUUCUUCAAGGCCAGUGAGGUGUUGCUGCGCUCUGUCAGGGCCACUGGUGGAAAGAGGAAGAAUCACAAUCGCAACAAAUCAGGUGGUCAACAGGAUUCAUCACAUGCACCGAAAAGUGGAGGUGGGCAUAUUAAACGACCAUAAUUGACAUUGUUUUGGGUUUCGACUGGAGUAGGUUGGAAAAUUAACUUCAAAUAAUACAACGACUUUUGAGGGGUUGAUGGCAAGCCUUACAGUCAAAUUUGUCUACUCAAGCAGUCUCUUGUUGCCAAUUAGUCUUGUUUUGGCAGCAUGAUGUUCCAAUUCAUAAAUCACAAGUCUUAGUAAUCAACUGCAGUACACAUGUACUGUAGAUCGAUAUAAAACAGAUAGAUUUUCAAAAUAAUAAACCUAUCUGCUCAAUCUAUUACCCUUCCUUCAACUCAUUUGGAUGGUCCAUGGAUAAGGAUGGUCCAUGGAUAUUAACAUGUAAUGCUCACCUCAUACAAAUACUCUAGCUAAACUACACAGAACAUCCCCAAUGACCCUCUCUUAUUUUAAUUUGGCUGUCAUUUUAUAGAAGUCUAUGUGCACUUGCUUCAGCUCUGCAGCUGUUUUGAACUGAUGUGGUUCAGUGCGUUAGGGACACCCAUUCAACACAUCUUCAGUGGCCGCUUUAAUGUAAUAACAAUAACUGAGUUGGUGAUGCCAUUUGCUGUUAACAGUUUGUUAACAUUUCAUUAAUAAUUUAUUUGGAAUACAUUUCCUAUUGUCCAAAAUAAUGUUACUGUGGGCAAUUUGGUUGGUGAUGCCAUUUGCUGUUAACAGUUUGUUAACAUGUAAUUAAUAAUUUCUUUGGAAUACAUUUCCUAUUGUCCAAAAUAAUUUUACCGUGGCCAAAAAAGUGAGGGAAAAAAGUAUUUGAUCCCCUGCUGAUUUUGUACGUUUGCUCACUGACAAAGAAAUGAUCAGUCUAUAAUUUUAAUGGUAGGUUUAUUUGAACAGUGAGAGACAGAAUAACAACAAAAAAAUCUAGAAAAACGAAUGUCAAAAAUGUUAUAAAUUGAUUUGCAUUUUAAUGAGGGAAAUAAGUAUUUGACCCCCUCUCAAUCAGAAAGAUUUCUGUCUCCCAGGUGUCUUUUAUACAGGUAACGAGCUGAGAUUAGGAGCAAACUCUUAAAGGGAGUGCUCCUAAUCUCAGCUUGUUACCUGUAUAAAAGACACCUGUCCACAGAAGCAAUCAAUCAAUCAGAUUCCAAACUCUCCACCAUGGCCAUGACCAAAGAGCUCUCCAAGGAUGUCAGGGACAAGAUUGCAGACCUACACAAGGCUGGAAUGGGCUACAAGACCAUCGCCAAGCAGCUUGGUGAGAAGGUGACAACAGUUGGUGCGAUUAUUCGCAAAUGGAAGAAACACAAAAGAACUGUCAAUGACCCAAAACACACGGCCAAGGCAACAAAUGAGUGGCUCAAGAAGAAGCACAUUAAGGUCCUGGAGUGACCUAGCCAGUCUCCAGACCUUAAUCCCAUAGAACAUCUGUGGAGGGAGCUGAAGGUUCGAGUUGCCAAACGUCAGCCUCGAAACCUUUAUGACUUGGAGAAGAUCUGCAAAGAGGAGUGGAACAAAAUCCCUCCUGAGAUGUGUGCAAACCUGGUGGCCAACUACAAGAAACGUCUGACCUCUGUGAUUGCCAACAAGGGUUUUGCCUCUAAGUCAUGUUUUGCAGAGGGGUCAAAUUACUUAUUUCCCUCAUUAAAAUGCUAAUCUAUUUAUAAAAUGUUUGACAUGAGUUUUUCUGGAAUUUUUUGUUGUUUUUCUGUCUCUCACUGUUAAAAUAAACCUACCAUUAAAAUUAUAGACUGAUCAUGUCUUUGUCAGUGGGCAAACGUACAAAAUCAGCAGGGGAUCAAAUACUUUUCCCCCCUCACUGUACCAGAGUGCUCACAGGUGGUAAAAAAAAAAAAAAAAAAGCCUAAUGAUACAUGAGGAACUGAUAAACUUGCAGAUUAAUUGAAUGUUUCUUGUUUUCAGAUCAUAACACCAGUGAACAGAAACAAGCCUGCAAGAAGCAUGAACUUUAUGUCAGCUUCCGAGACUUAGGAUGGCAGGUAAGAAAGAUGGAAUACUAUUUGAACCUAUUGUCUAUUCUACACUGUCAUAAGCAUGCCAGAGCAGAUGUCACAUAGGCUGCGUUUAGACAGGCAGCCCAAUUCAGAUUUUUUUUCUCCACUAAUUGGUCUUUUAACCAAUCACAUCGGAUCUUUUCACAUCAGAUCUUUUUCAGAGCUGAUCUGAUUGGUCAAAAGACCAAUUAGUGAAAGAAACGCAGCCAAGGAGUCAUAACAUGUGUGUUACAAAUAUGUGUGUGUUUGUAAAAAGCACCUCUUUUACUUUCAACCAUGUUAUUUGGGGUAUUCAAUGCAGUGCACGAGAAACAGACAGAUAAUAUGAAUGACUAAAGAAAACACAUCAAGUGUCAAUGAAGUUUCUUCAAUAUUCAACGAGGAGCACGUUGAGGCUUAUUUGGUCUUUUUUUAUUCUAUUUGAAGGACUGGAUUAUUGCACCUGAAGGCUACGCUGCUUUUUACUGCGAUGGGGAAUGUUCUUUUCCACUCAAUGCGCAUAUGAAUGCGACAAAUCACGCCAUUGUGCAAACCCUGGUAAGUGCAAACCCUUGAAAGUUACUUAUUUGAAUUCAUAUUGAAUUUCUUGACCAAUAUGGUGAUAAUUAAUCCCACACCAUAUAGAUUUUCUGAGCUGCUCAAACUGCUGCUUUGAUGCUAUCUCUUUUCUGUACUCAGUCCUUUCUUUCUUUCUUUCUUUCUUUUUUUCUUUCUUUCUUUCUUUCUUUCUUUCUUUCUUUCUUUCUUUUUUUCUUUCUUUCAUUCUUUCUUUCUUUCUUUCUUUCUUUCUUUCUUUCUUUCUUUCAGUCAUUUUAGUUUAUAUUUUACGCAGUCCUUUCCAUUCACUUCCACAGGUCCAUCUGAUGUUUCCUGACAAUGUGCCAAAGCCAUGUUGUGCACCGACCAAGCUGAACGCUAUAUCUGUGCUUUACUUUGAUGACAGCUCAAAUGUCAUCCUCAAGAAAUACAGAAACAUGGUCGUCAGGUCAUGUGGUUGCCAU